AGUGUCUGAGCGUCUGACACUGACGGUGACAGAAGAGAUGAAAAAGUGAGGUUAUAAAUUAGAAUAUUUUAAUUUUUGAAUUUAUUUUUGUGUAUAUAAAUUUAGUUGGAUAAAUAUUAAAAAUGGUUGUAAGUCCUCAUUUUCAAGAUCUGUUUGAAUGUCUAAACGAAUCUGAAGUGCUACAUUUACCAACACUAAAAGAGAAGGCGCUUAAAAUUAACUUUACAGAUUCUGCUGAUGAAAUUCAUACAGUUUACAAAGGGCAGGAGCCACAGUUACCAUUUGCCGCCAGUGAAGUGUUUCAAGCACCAAUUCACAGUUGGAGACGGUUGACAGCAGUAGACGAGGGCUGCAAAGCUGUCUAUGAAUUAUCACUUGAUGUCAAGGACAGUGAUUUAAACUUCAGGCCUGGUGAUACAAUUGGCAUAAUUCCACAAAAUCUUCAGUCUGAAGUGGACAGUGUUCUUAAACAUUUGCACAUAGAACAUGAAGCAGGUCGCAAAUAUACCAUACUCACUGAUACAUCACAGAAAGGCACCAGAAUACCACCACAUGUGCCCAUCGAAUCCACUUUGAGACAUGUACUUACUUAUUGCGUUGAUUUGAGAGGCAUUUUGAAAAAGCUUUUUCUUUUAGCACUAUCAAGAUAUACAAAAGAAGCAAAUGAAAAAAGGAUCCUUGAAUAUUUUAGCAGCAAAGAAGGUUCUGUAGCUUACACAACACAAAUACUUGAAAAACAUAUAUGUUUGUUGGACAUUUUUAAAAUAUUCCAAUCUUGUAAACCACCUGUGGAAUUAUUAUUGGAAUAUUUACCAAGACUUUUACCAAGGCCAUAUUCUAUAGCUAAUAGUAAUAAUGAAAGAAUUAUCAAAAUCUGUUUCUCUGUUAUCUGUAUUGGUAAUAAUAGAAAAGGCUUAACCACUGGAUGGUUAGAAGACAUUAUUACGGAACAUUAUGGAAACAGUAUAGAAGAAAAAAUGAAAAAUAUUGAUAUAAAUGAUAAGAAAAUCAAAAUUCCUAUUUAUAUAAGAAAGAACACAAAUAAUUUUUAUUUACCAGAUGAUAUAGGAACACCAAUAAUUUUAAUAGGACCAGGAACUGGAAUUGCGCCUUUUAUAGGGUUUCUUGAAGAAAGACAAAAUGUAAAGGCAAAUAAUCCAGAAGCCAAUUUGGGUAGAACUUGGUUGUUUUUUGGCUGUAGAAACCCAAAUCUAGAUUUUAUAUAUGAAGAAGAAUUGAAUAAUUUUAUUUCAAAUGGUGUUCUAAACAAAUUGUGUACAUCAUUUUCGAGAUAUGGCAACACUGAAAAUUGUUAUGUGCAGGAUGCCAUUAAACUAAAUGGUGAAGAAGUUGCAAAAUUAUUAAUGCAAGGAGCUCGUGUCUAUGUUUGCGGAGAUAUCAAGAAAAUGGCGGAAUCGGUCAGAGAGGCGAUAGAGGAAUGUAUAGCUACGCAUGGCGACGAGGCAAGCGCUCACGACUUCGUAGCCAAUAUGAUAAAAGAGAAAAAGUAUAUAAAUGAUAUAUGGAAUUAAUAUUGACACCUAGAUAAUUAUGUAAAUAAUAAAUUUAUUUAUUUAUUAAA